AUGGCCAGAGAGUUGCAAAAGCUCAAGGAUAUGAUAUCCAGUGUCCUAGGAGUAGUCAAGCCUAUUCCUGAAAUUCCAGAUGAUAGUCAUAGGAUAUCUCGUUUUGCACCUCCAAUAUGCAAUGCAAAGAUACCUAAGCGCAUUCAGACCCCCAACAUGAAGUUGUAUGAUGGUAUAACCGAUCCAGGGGAGCAUGUGGCACAAUACAGGGAAAGGAUGGAGAUAAACCCCAUUCCCGAAAGGUUGAAGGAAGCCUAUUUAUGGAAAGGCUUUGGAUCCACACUCACCGGAUCAACAUUAAAAUGGAUGCUAAGUCUUCCUCCAUACUCUAUAAUUUCAUUUUCGCAUUUAGUUAACCUAUUUAAUAAUCAAUUUUCCAGUAGUAGAACAUUUGAGAGGUUAACUAGUGAUUUACAUAGAAUUACCCAAGCUCGUGAUGAAUCCCUUAGGGAUUAUGUUACCAAGUUUGGGAGAGAAUCCUUAGAGAUCCCGAAUCUUGACAUUGCAACUGCUGUUGAAGCAUUUAAGAUGGGAUCGCAAAAGGAUUCACCCUUUUAUGAUGACCUUGUUAAGACCCCAUGCAGAAAUUUAGAUGAAGAUAGGAACAGGGCCAUAAGAUUCAUCCGAUUAAAGGAUGAUAAAAGAAUCCAAGACAAGCUCAGUGGUUCUACCAAACAUGAGUAUAAUGACAAGAAGCAAGGAUCCUUCUAUAAGAAUAACCGAUUGAAGUCGUACUAUAAACCUGACAAUCAAAAUGUCCAUGUAGUGGACCAAUACAAAGAUGAGGAAGAAUAUCCUAGGAUAUCUGAAUACUGUUUUUCUAUUGAUAAUAGUGAACUAAUGCUUGCUUUGCAGAAUUUAGGUGAGAAGGCAAGAUGGCCAAAGAAGAAUGAGAAAUCAACAACCUUCGAGGACAAAUCUAAAUGGUGUGCAUACCAUGAAGAUUUUGGCCACCUUACCGACGAAUGCAUUGCACUUAGAAGGGAGAUAGGAUACCUCCUCAGUAAGGGACACUUGAAAGAAUUGCUUGGUAGGAAGAAAUCAAGGAUCCAGGAUCCUGAAAAGGUACCGGAAAGGGCUGCUCCACCACCCGCAACUGCCCAAAUCAUUAACUUUAUUUCCGAAGGAUCAGAUAUCUAUGGAACCUUGUCAAAUCUUAUGUGA